UUCACUUACAAACAGAGCACAAUCACACACCAAAAAGUAACGCCUAUGCAUCAAACAAGCACAGAGAGCGUGGAAGACAUGGCAGCACUCGUAGAUCUCCAUGAAGGCUCCAUUAUGCACAACUUAUUCCAGCGAUAUCAACAAGAUAAAAUUUACACCUACAUUGGUUCCAUAGUUGCCUCUGUGAACCCUUACAAGAGCAUCCCGGGACUGUACGACUGCGCCGCCAUGGAGCGAUACAGCAGGCACCACAUGGGAGAGAUCGCACCUCAUAUCUUCGCUGUGGCCAACGAGUGCUACCGCUGCCUUUGGAAGCGCCACGACAACCAGUGUAUCCUCAUCAGUGGUGAAAGUGGUGCUGGUAAGACGGAGAGCACUAAGCUGAUUCUCAAGUUCUUGUCUGCGAUGAGCCAACAUUCAUUGGAGCUGUCCUGCAGAGAGAAGACCUCCUGUGUGGAGCAAGCUAUUCUUGAGAGCAGCCCAAUUAUGGAAGCUUUUGGCAAUGCGAAGACUGUUUACAACAACAACUCCAGUCGUUUUGGGAAGUUUAUUCAGCUGAACAUCUGUCAGAAAGGAAACAUUCAGGGAGGAAGAAUUAUAGAUUAUUUAUUGGAAAAAAAUCGUGUAGUAAGACAAAACCCUGGGGAAAGAAAUUAUCAUAUAUUCUAUGCUCUGCUGGCAGGGAUAGAAGAGAGAGAGAAAGAUGCUUUUUACUUAUCUGUACCGGAGAACUACCACUACCUGAAUCAGUCUGGAUGUAUAGCGGAUAAGACAAUCAGUGACAAAGAUUCUUUCAAGGAAGUCAUUACUGCAAUGGAAGUGAUGCAAUUCAGCAAGGAGGAGGUGCGAGAGGUUUUGAGGCUUUUGGCUGGCAUUCUGCAUCUAGGAAACGUUGAGUUCAUCACUGCUGGUGGGGCACAGGUGUCCUUUAAAACAGCUCUGGGUAGAUCUGCUGAACUACUGGGGUUGGACUCCACGCAGCUAACUGAAGCAUUGACACAGAGGUCAAUGAUACUCAGGGGAGAAGAAAUCCUAACACCUCUUAGCAUACAACAGGCAAUAGACAGCAGAGAUUCUAUGGCUAUGGCACUUUAUUCUCAGUGUUUUGCUUGGGUCAUUAAGAAAAUCAACAGCAGAAUCAGGAGCAAGGAAGACUUCAAGUCCAUUGGGAUUUUGGACAUAUUUGGAUUUGAAAACUUUGAAGUAAACCGCUUUGAGCAGUUCAAUAUUAACUAUGCAAAUGAAAAGCUUCAGGAGUAUUUCAACAAGCACAUCUUUUCCUUGGAGCAACUGGAAUACAGCAGGGAAGGACUAAUAUGGGAGGAUAUUGACUGGACAGACAACGGGGAGUGCUUGGAUCUUAUUGAAAAGAAAUUGGGACUGCUGGCGCUCAUCAAUGAAGAGAGCCAUUUUCCUCAAGCUACUGACUCCACCUUGCUGGAGAAGUUGAAUACCCAGCAUGCUAACAAUCCUUUUUAUGUAAAACCAAGAGUUGCCAUUCACAACUUUGGAGUGAAGCACUACGCUGGGGAGGUCCAGUAUGAUGUCAGGGGGAUCUUGGAGAAGAACAGAGAUACUUUCAGAGACGAUCUCCUGAACUUGUUACGUGAAAGCAGUCUUGAUUUCAUCUAUGACCUGUUUGAGCAUGUUUCAAGUCGCAACAAUCAAGACACUCUUAAAUGUGGAAGCAAGCACCGAAAACCCACUGUCAGUCUCCAGUUCAAGGAAUCGCUUCACUCUUUAAUGGCGACGCUGAGUUCUUCAAAUCCUUUCUUUGUUCGGUGCAUCAAACCCAACGUGCAGAAGAUGCCAGACCAGUUUGAUCAGACAGUGGUGCUUAACCAGCUGCGCUAUUCUGGGAUGUUGGAGACGGUCAGGAUUCGGAGGGCUGGCUUCCCAGUCCGGAGGCCCUUUCAAGACUUUUAUAAAAGGUAUAAGGUCCUUAUGACAAACUUAACUCUGCCUGAAGAUUUGAAUGAGAAAUGUGCCGUCCUACUCCGUCUGUAUGACAACACAAGCACUGAAUGGCAGCUUGGGAAAAAUAAGGUAUUUCUCCGAGAGUCCUUGGAACACAAGUUGGAAAAACAGCGAGAGGUGGAGGUCACCAAGGCAGCAAUGAUCAUCCGAGCGCACAUCUUAGGUUAUGCAGCCCGAAAGCGGUAUAGAAAGGUUCUCUACUAUGUGGUUGUAAUACAGAAGAACUACAGAGCAUUCAGUGGUAGGAAAAAGUUCCUGUGCCUGAAGAAAGCAGCCAUAAUCCUUCAGAAGCAGCGGCGUGGCCAGCUUGCUCGACGUGUUUACAGGGAGCGACUAGCGGAGAAGCGGAGACAAGAGGAAGAAAGAAGAAAAGAGGAAGAAGAAAGGUGCAGGGGUUUAUUUUAUUUAAAUUUUUUUAUUUUAUUUGAAAUGCAGGCUGAAGAAGAGAGAAAGCAGCAGGAACUGGCUGCCAUUCAGAAAGCCCAGAAGGAGGCAGAGCUGAAACAAGAGGUGGAGAAGCAGAAAGAAAGCAGGCAGGUGGAAGAAAUCCUGCGUCUGGAAAAAGAAAUUGAAGACCUGCAGCGUGUGAAGAAGCAGCAGGAGCUGUCCUUGACAGAGGCUUCGUUACAGAGGCUGCAGCAGCUUCGAGAUGAGGAGCUCCGGCGGCUCGAGGAUGAAGCAUGUCGAGCAGCCCAGGAGUUCCUGGAAUCUCUGAACUUUGAUGAGAUUGAUGAAUGUGUCCGAAACAUCGAGAGGUCUCUCUCUGUGGGCAACGGGUAUCCUGCUGAGCUGACUGAACAGGCUGGAAAUGCCUGCAGUGAAAAGCCCAAUUUUAACUUCAGCCAGCCAUAUCCUGAGGAGGAGGUAGACGAGGGCUUUGAAGCUGAUGAUGAUGCAUUUAAGGAUUCACCCAACCCGAGUGAGCAUGGCCAUUCUGAUCAAAGGACCAGUGGCAUCAGAACAAGCGAUGAUUCCUCAGAAGAGGAUCCUUAUAUGAACGAUACUGUGGUGCCAACAGUUCCUGCUGCUAGCAACACCAUGCUCAUACCUCCUACCCAUGACACAGUCAGUCUCCACAACUCUUCAAGUGGUGAAUCCACAUACUGCAUGCCAGAAAAUGUAUCGUGUAGACCCCCAAAUUCGGUGGAACUUAUUUCUCCAGAUGGAGACUACGAUUACGACCAAGACGAUUAUGAAGAUGGUGCUAUUACUUCUGGUAGCAGUGUGACCUUCUCUAAUUCGCACAGUAGCCAGUGGUCACCGGACUACCGAUGCUCAGUGGGGACAUACAAUAGCUCUGGAGCGUACCGAUUUAGCUCUGAAGGAGCGCAGUCUUCUUUUGAAGACAGUGAAGAAGAUUUUGACUCCAGGUUUGAUACAGAUGAUGAACUUUCGUACCGGAGGGAUUCAGUCUAUAGCUGUGUCAGCCUGCCCUACUUUCACAGCUUUCUGUACAUGAAAGGUGGCUUAAUAAACACAUGGAAGCGACGCUGGUGUGUCCUGAAAGAUGAGACCUUCCUGUGGUUUCGUUCCAAGCAGGAAGCACUUAAGCAGGGUUGGCUUCACAAAAAGGGCGGUGGAUCAUCUACACUUUCCAGAAGGAACUGGAAGAAACGAUGGUUUGUUCUGAGACAGUCCAGGUUGAUGUACUUUGAAAAUGACAGUGAAGAAAAGCUGAAGGGUGCCAUUGAUGUCCGAACAGCCAAAGAGAUUGUUGAUAAUACGGGCAAAGAAAACGGGAUUGAUCUAAUAAUGGGUGAUAGGACCUACCACUUAAUUGCUGAGUCUCCUGAGGAUGCAAGCCAGUGGUUUAGUGUACUGAGUCAAGUCCACGCGUCCACAGAGCAAGAGAUCCGAGAGAUGCAUGAUGAGCAGGCAAAUCCACAGAAUGCUGUGGGUACACUCGAUGUAGGACUGAUUGAUUCUGUCUGUGCUGCUGACAAUCCAGAUAGACCCAAUUCAUUCGUGAUCAUCACUGCUAACCGUGUUCUUCACUGUAAUGCUGACACUCCUGAAGAGAUGCAUCACUGGAUAACCUUGCUCCAAAGGUCGAAGGGGGACACUAGAGUGGAGGGACAAGAAUUCAUUGUGAGAGGAUGGCUACACAAGGAAGUAAAGAACAACCCUAAGAUGUCAUCAUUGAAGCUAAAGAAGCGUUGGUUUGUUUUGACACACAAUUCUUUGGACUACUACAAAAGUUCAGAGAAAAAUGCUUUGAAAUUGGGGACGUUGGUCCUGAACAGCCUCUGCUCAGUGGUCCCACCUGAUGAAAAAAUCUUCAAAGAGACAGGUUAUUGGAACGUAACUGUGUACGGGCGCAAACAUUGUUACCGUCUCUACACAAAAUUGCUCAAUGAGGCAACCCGCUGGUCCAGCGCCAUCCAGAACGUGAUUGACACAAAAGCGCCCAUCGAUACACCAACUCAGCAGCUUAUUCAGGAUAUUAAGGAAAACUGCCUGAAUGCUGACGUGGUUGAACAGAUUUAUAAGAGAAACCCCAUUCUGCGUUACACUCAUCAUCCGUUGCACUCGCCAUUACUGCCACUGCCGUACGGGGACAUCAAUCUAAACUUGCUGCAGGACAAGGGCUACACAACUCUGCAGGAUGAAGCCAUCAAGAUAUUUAAUUCUUUACAGCAGCUGGAGUCUAUGUCUGAUCCCAUCCCUAUAAUCCAAGGUAUCCUCCAAACAGGACAUGAUUUACGACCUCUUCGAGAUGAGCUCUACUGUCAGCUCAUCAAGCAGACCAAUAAAGUGCCUAACCCUGGGAGCGCGGGGAACCUGUAUAGUUGGCAAAUACUCACCUGCAUGAGUUGCACGUUUCUGCCAAGUCGCAGCAUCCUCAGAUAUCUUAAGUUCCAUCUCAAAAGGGUUCGCGACCAGUUUCCAGGAACUGAAAUGGAGAAAUAUGCACUUUUUACUUACGAGUCGCUGAAGAAAACCAAAUCCAGAGAGUUUGUGCCAUCGCGGGAUGAAAUAGAAGCUCUGAUCGGCAGGCAGGAAAUGACAUCCACAGUUUAUUGCCAUGGUGGGGGCUCCUGUAAGAUUACAAUCAACUCGCACACUACAGCUGGAGAGGUGGUUGAAAAGUUAAUUCGUGGCUUGGCCAUGGAGGAUAGCAGAAAUAUGUUUGCUUUGUUUGAAUACAAUGGAACUACUGAUAAAGCAAUCGAAAGCAGAACCAUUGUGGCUGAUGUCUUGGCAAAGUUUGAAAAGCUUGCUGCCACUGCUGAAGCUGGAGAGAUGCACUGGAAGUUCUACUUCAAGCUCUACUGCUUCUUGGACACAGAAAACGUCCCAAAAGAUAGCGUGGAAUUUGCCUUUAUGUUUGAGCAGGCUCAUGAAGCAGUGAUUAGAGGACAUUAUCCUGCUCCUGAAGAAACCCUCCAGGUCCUCGCAGCUUUGCGUCUUCAGUACCUUCAGGGAGAUUACACUCCGCAUACCACCGUACCAGAAAUGGAGGAAGUCUAUCCCUUGCAAAAGCUGAAGUCUCGGAUUACACAGUCCACCAAAACAUUUACUGCAGCAGAGAAGGCUGAGAAGAAACGAGCCAGCUUCCUUGAAGGAACAUUGCGGAGGAGCUUUCGCAGUGGCUCUGUCAGCAAACAGAAGGUUGAGGAGGAUCAGAUGUUAGACAUGUGGGUCAAAGAGGAAAUCUCAGCUUCCAGGACAAGUAUUAUUGACAAAUGGAAAAAACUCCAGAGGAUGAGCCAGGAGCAGGCUAUGGCAAAGUAUAUGGCUUUGAUUAAGGAAUGGCCUGGCUACGGCUCAACACUCUUUGACGUAGAGUGUAAAGAAGGGGGAUUCCCACAAGAGUUGUGGCUUGGAGUCAGCGCUGAUGCAGUUUCUGUCUACAAGCGUGGGGAAGGAAGGCCUCUGGAGGUGUUUCAGUAUGAACAUAUCUUGUCAUUUGGUGCACCGCUUGCCAACACCUACAAGAUCGUGGUAGAUGAGAGAGAACUGCUUUUUGAAACCAGUGAGGUGGUUGACAUUGCAAAGCUGAUGAAAGCCUACAUCAGCAUGAUCGUGAAAAAACGCUACAGCACCUCUCGAUCAGUGAGCAGUCAUGGAAGUCAGGGCAGCUCCAGGUGAAAACAGAACCAGUUCUACUGUGCUCUAAAUAGAACGUAUCACUGCUUGGCCUCAAAACGACCUGAUGAUACUGAUCACGUCUGUUGACAAGCUAACGAAGAACAAGAGUUUCCACGGAAAAUAUCUUCAAGCAUUGUUGUAGAAAGACCACAGGGUGGGGAGGGGAAAAUCAGCUGAA